AUGUUCGCGUGUGGAUUGCACUCGUGGAGCGGUGGCAAUAGAAACAUGCACACGGGACGACCGGAUCAAUGGUCCACCGCAUCCCCUCCGAGGGUGUCCGACUGUCGAUGUUUCCAGUGGGCGGGUUGCGGUGGAGAUCAAGUGGAUUAUCUCAACGCCGGCCUCCGUCCCAACCGUCCGAGGCUCGGUCAAAAGUUUCCCGACGAGCGGGUGUCAAGGCGACCUGAGGCCUCGUGGUGCUGGCCGAAGCCCGGUUGGCCAAAAUGGACAGUACACCUGACACAUUGUGUCGACGGUCUGGAGGCUGGGUCGUUGCCAGCACCGGGUAGACAGACUCACAGACGACAGAGGCAGACGAUCUGUAUCCGUCGGUCGGCGACUCCUUGUGGCCGUGUCCAGACGGCUCGGAUAGGCGGGAGGAUUCGGUCGUUCUGUCCGAUCGGAUGGAGCAAUGAAGCACACCGCUUCGACGGGACAAUCCGGUUCAAUGUGGUUCGGCCUUCUUCUCUUCUCUUCUCUUCUCUUCUCUUCUCUUCGUUGCUUUCCUUUUCUCUCUGCUCUUGUCACCUCCUCCUCGAAUGGCCAAUAAAAAUGCUCGUCAUUUUUGCCCAAACGCAUCGUCUUCAGCCCAUUUGGCCACCGGAUUCACCAGACUUUUGA